UACUUAUUUUAGUCCCACCCAUAAUGCAUUGCGGUACAGUUGCCUGAACAAAGAAUGAGCAUUUUCAACGAACACCCUAACAAGUUUUAAAAAGGAAUUAUAUGAAUUGUUUAAUUGAUUAAGAAUGUUUUAUGUGAUACUAAAGUUUGCGCCAACAUGUAGAUAGAUAUCAUAAGACGGUCUCUAGUGUUAUAUUACUGAGGCUAAGAAGAGCUCCGCUAACCGUAGGUACCCUGUCCACGUCAGCUGGGUGGAUGCGCGAGGACACCGAGAGUUGGGAUUAAUUAUAGUCAUAAUUAGACUGUGGUAUGUAAGUGUGACGUUUUGCUCAUCAUGUGUUAAUAAAAUGACGAGGAAUUUCGGUAAGGGGCGGUUUGUUUUCGUUAUUGAAGGCUUUCUAAUCUGUGCGACUGUGACAGUAGGCAGCUGCCAUACGAGUAGCAUUAGGAAAUAAAUACCGCGCGCUGCGUGUCACAGGUUCUGCGGUCUUAAAACUAUAACAUUGUUUUUUCUCUGAACGGAACGAAUUUUCCGGCGUCCCUGGGAUUGUUGUGCGGUUACUAGCUGUAGGUCACACAGCAUAGUAAUUGGGAAUAAAGUGCCGCAGUAGAAUGAGCUCGGAGGAUCAAUCAGCCGCCGGCAGCAAAGCCGCGGACGCCGAUGCCGACGGCAUGUCCUGGUGGUACAGAUGGAUGUGCAAGAUCGCGGGGGUCCUGGGCGGUCUGUCCUGUGCUAUUACUGGAAUAUGGAGCUGUGUCUCCAUCAACCCCUUCAGCAUCGCAGCAGGCGCGUGGAUGAUCCUGAAUGCCUGUGUACUGUUCCUGUGUGAGGUCCCCUUCUGCUGCCAGUUUAUCGAGUUUGCUAACGCGGUGGCAGCCCGUGCUGACAAGCUCAAGCCCUGGCAGAAAGCAUUCUUCUACUGCGGGAUGGCACUCUUCCCUGUCUUUCUGAGACUGUCCCUUACCACACUGCUCGGAAAUGCAAUUGCCUUUGCAACAGGGGUCCUGUACGGAUUGGCUUCACUGGGCAAGAAGGGAGACGGUGUGAGCUACGCCCGCCUCCAGCACCAAAAGCAGGGUGAUGAGGAGAAGCUGACAGGAACCACUAGCUGGGAGGCGCAGUAAUUUCUCUCACCUAAAAUCCAGAACCGAAAUGCACCUUCUCUUCUCUUUCAGCUGCUGAUCAUAGUUACUUGUUUUAUGGAAUCACAUGGAUUAUGUUCUCUAUGUUGGUCUUAUUAUAUUAUUUUAAAUUAUUUUCCAAAAAAGUUUUAUCUUCCUGAAAUGUUAUCAAAUGUGGAAACUUGUCUCUUUUUUUAAACUAAUUUUGUGAGUGGUCAGGUCUACUGUGAUUUUAUCCAAAGACACUGAAAAUAGAAAGAAAAAUGAAGAUUAAAUAAGAAAGUGCAAAAAAUAUUUUGAUAGUAAUUGAAUAUUGAGGAUGUUAAUCACAGUAAUCGUUCGUAACCCUAGCAACAUUUUCAGUUGUCGGUACUAGAAAAGUUUCCCAUUGGACCCACUCUUGUGGGAAUUGAUUUGAAAAAGUGCAUGUUCAGUUAGUUAAAUGCUUCUUUAUCACCAGAAUACUAACUGCUAUAACAUCUCAUUCUAAUGAUGUCUGAAUGCAUGAAUAAGUGAUUUCUAAGUAUGGAACUUUUUUAGUGUUUUUGCUUGAUAACGUGACUGAACAGCCAGUGGUGAAGUUCAGUGUGGUGUUAAAAGUAACAACUGCAUAACAUUACUGCCCAUUGUAUUCUUUAAUCUCAAAGUGCUCAUUGGUUUUUAAUUAUUCAUUGCUUGAGUAAACCACUGGGAUUGUGUCUGCCAGAUGUGACAACUUUUUUAAAUCAAUUCAGGGAAUCUUGUGUGUUUCUGUGUAGUGUUUCUUCAAUAAAAUGCUGCGUCCAUUUAGUGGUAAAACGCUGGACAAACAUUCAGUACUGUAAAA